CACUAUCAGAAGUAUCCUGAAAUCGAAGGGCAUCGGUCGGUCAGGCAGAUUGGCGCAAACAAUCGAGCCAGAAAUUCGUCGCGUCGCGUUUCAUUGCGAAAUCCUCCCCAGGAGGUCGAGCGUUUUGCGAUUUGCGAAAGAGUGAGUGCACCUCAUUUUGUGCAUCCCCACGUUGCAGAUUGCACCGGCGUACCCGAAGUUGCUAAGACUUUGGAUUCCUGUCUGUAUAAAUUUCCUUAAUUUUCCAUCGGACACUCGGAAGGACGCCGGGACAUCCUGAAGUCCUCCUGGAAGCUUCGGCCUCGUCGGGGGAGGCUCUUCGGGAACACGCGGAGCAUCGCCAGAGAGAGAACGUAAAAUCCCGAUGAACACCAGCAGUACACAGCCAACCGAGAUGUCGAACAUCUACAACAAUUCCGUGGUCCGCUUCUACCAUCACACAUUCUACGACCUCGCCGAUCCACGGACGAGGGAUUGGUUUCUGAUGUCGUCGCCGGUUCCUGGGGCGAGCAUAAUGAUCGGCUACCUUUACUUCGUGCUUUCCUGGGGCCCCAGGCACAUGGAACACCGGAAACCGUAUCGCCUUAAGAACGUUCUAGUCUUCUACAACUUCCUCCAGGUCCUCCUCAGCAUCUGGCUAUUUUACGAAGGCCUCGACGCGGCCUGGCUCAGGAAAUACAGCUGGAAAUGCGAGCCCGUCGACUUCUCCAAUUCUCCAGAAGCUCUGAGGAUCGCCCGAGGUGUGUAUAUCUACUUCCUGGCGAAGAUCUCCGAGCUUUUGGACACGGUCUUCUUCGUGCUGCGUAAAAAGGAGAAGCAGAUAACGUUUUUGCACAUGUACCAUCACACGGUGAUGCCUCUGAUAUCAUGGGGGGCCACCAAGUACUAUCCAGGAGGACAUGGCACGUUCAUAGGGGUCAUCAACAGCUUCGUCCACAUCGUGAUGUACGCGUACUACCUGCUGGCGGCGUUGCUGCCGCAGUACCAGAAGUACCUGUGGUGGAAGAAGUACAUAACGACUCUGCAAAUGGGUCAAUUCUGCCUGGCGUUCGUGCACAGCUUCCAGCUGCUCCUCUACGACUGCGACUACCCCCGGUGGUCGUUGGUCCUGAUCCUGCCGAACGUCAUGUUCUUCUACUUCCUCUUCUCGGAUUUCUACAACAAGGCGUACACCUCGGCCGAGGAGAAGAGGGAGAGCCUGAGGAACAAGCUCGAGCAGGAGGCCGAGAGGAGCCGGAAGGAGGAGGAGAUCGACACCCACCCCAGGAAGAUCACCAACGGGGUCAACCACGAGGGGAAAGCGAAGAAAGCCUGAGCCGGGGGGCGGCUGGGCGAACGGCCGGGAAAAGACGUCCGCGCUGCCGAUCGACCUCGGCUCGCACUCAGGAAACACGCGUAGACACCGACCUCGGCUCUUCCGGGUAGAACUUAAGCGAACGCGACCUCCCGAUCGGACCUUCCGGCCGACUCCCGGUCGGCCCGACCUGGUCGUCGCCGGCCCUCCCGAGGGACCUCUUCGCGCUGGCUGGGACUUCCGGCUGGGGGCGCGCACCUCCCGGGGACUCUUCAGGGGGUAGAAUCGAGCUUCCGCCGUUCCCGGAUCGGACGUCUUCCCGCAAUUCCUGACCGUCCAUCCCGGAGGAAACCGACCGAUCGGAUGGGGCGAGGGGAAGUUAGUCUUUGGUUGGUCGGGUCGACUCUCUUCGAGGUUGACGACAUGGUUGAGUCUUUUUGAGAUUCACUUCGCGGCUCUCUUCGAGGUCGACCUCUCGCUCAACUCUCUUCGAGGUUCUCGACCGAUCUCUUCAACGUCAUUGUCUCGACGACGAGGUUAACGUCAUGGUUAACGCGGUUGACGUCAUGGCUAACUCUCUCCGAGAUUUAUUUCGGGACUCUUCGAAGUUGCCAUUGCGAUUAACCCUCUUCGAGAUCGACUUCACAGCCCCCUCUCCCCGAAACGACUGCUUCCAAAAUUAAUCGACCUCUUCCCACCUAUGGACUUAGGAUAUAUGGUUUCCAAAUGCGUAAUCACUGCUUGGACGUUCUUCCGACAGCACCAAGAUAAACAGAAUGCGAAAAGGACGAUCCUUUCUUUCUUGCUCAGAUAGUCUGUCGCCAUAUUGCGCUUUGCCGCCGUUUUCCAAAAUCAUAGAAAAAAUUAGAGAAAGAGAGCGUUCCCUGUUUAUUGCCGUCACAGUUGAAUCGGCAUUUGGGGUCCAUACGAUCUACGUCCAUGAUCCCAUCCGCUUUCCUUCAGGACCCGAAUUCGAGUCCGUAAGGAUUUUUUUUCGCAUACGAAUAGCUUCGCAUAAAAAAAUUGGGCAUUGCUGCAAACAGCGUGAUUGGUCAACACUUGAAAGUCGUAUGCGAAACUGUCACUUUGCAUGCGAAAGUUGAUCGUAUGGACUCAAGAAUCGGGUCCUAGGUCUCUCUUCAGGAUUCUCCGAGGGGCUAUUCACCUGGAAAUCAGUGAAAACGGUUCCCUUAUUUGAUAACCAAUUGCCUUUGACGUCAUGCGAUAAGCAACAACGUGAUUCGGUAACAAGUGACGUGCGGCCUUAAAAUCGCGUCAUAGUUUCCACGUAUUCUAACGAUUUCCCGUGAUUUAUGUUCGUGAUUUUCGGUUGAUUUGCCCGUGAUUUCGAGAAUUAAAUUUCAUCAUUUUCUACGGAAACUCUCUCGGGAUUUUCCGAGCCUUGUCAGUCUUCGCUCGCGAAAUCGAGCGGUCGAGUGACCGAUCGACGAUCGAAUUCCUCGUUCGAAAGCGAUCCCUCCCUAGAUCGAAAAGAUCUUAUUAAGUCUCCCCCUGCUUCCCCUCAUCGGUCUGAGGUUUCCUACCGUGGGGCAUAUAGAUCCCUACUUUACCUGCUCGACGGUCCGGUUUCAUCGGGCGUAUAUGCGUCGUAGAAUUGGGUCAGCGUGUUCCCUCUCUACCGCUCAACAUUAAUCGGCGGCUGGACUGGCCGAAAAUACAUAUAACUGGGAGUUUGCUCACUCACUCGAGAUAUUAAGGAAAUAUUCCACGGCCAAAGACAAUGGUCGAGGGCGCGGCUCGCCCAGUCAAAGUAGACAUUAGAAAUCCCUGGAAAAUCUCCAGAAUUCAGGUUUAUCCCACUCUUCUGAAUAUCUAGACUCAGUCGCGACGUCGCCCUACUGCUAGAACAGGGAAUUGAGUAAUUAAUAAUUGACAGUAAAUUAAUAAAAGAAAAAGUGAUGCGGAGAGUGCGGCGACUCGCGAUCUCUCCUAUGCAGGUGACUUCGACGACGCUAACAGGAGCCGCAGAUUUCGAAUACAAUUAAAUACUCUAAAUUAUGGAAAUAGUGGCCCUGGGACACGUUCUCCAUUAAAAUGAAUGUAGUUUAUUGUAGUUUAUAAGGCGAUAUGGAAGCGGAAAAGUCAGUUGUUCAUGAAACUUUUCUGUCAAUUGGGACUACCGAAUUGUUUGAAAUUUUACCGCGUGAGGAUGGAGGCUCUAAGAAUAGUCCUGGCUCUCAUGUAGUUUCAUUUGUUUUUGUCUUAUACAAAAUUAAUAAAAUGUUUAUAGACAAGUUUUAACAAAAUAGAAUUAAUGGAUGUAAGGACCUAUCUUAGGGCUUUUAUAUUCAAGUGGUAAAAUUUUAUACCAUUCGGUAGAUCCGGUUCAGAGAAAAAUUUCAUAAACGAGAUUACUUAAACGCUUAAAUUCAUGCCGCCUUAAAUAGGCAAAGUGGUAAUAAUUGGACUGUAUCGUACAAUGCCGAGGACUUCUGUCUUAAGGCCGUGGGAUAUUUUUUAGGUACGUUAAUACAAGUCUAUCAAAUAAUCCGAUCGCUUCCGAGAGACCGUCAUCGAUUAACGGCGACUUAGACCUGGUUAACUCGUUACUGUAGCAAUUAAUGUUAAUUAGGUAUAGGAGAAGUUAGAUUGUCAGGUACUUAGAUAGUACAAGGUACUGGAAUCGGCGCCGAGAUUUGCGAGGCUCACCUGCACGGUGAAGUCUUCCCUGAUUACAUUCGUUUUUCUACAUUUUCUACCUUUUUCUACCCCCUUCCGAUUAUUCGAGACGAAACAACUGUUGAAACGAUUUCGCGACUCUUCAGCUACUUUUCGACGGUGUAACAAGGCCCAAAGAUGGUGGAUUAUUGCCAGAAUCGCGCUCGCAGCAUCCCUGAGGAGCAGGCCCAAGACUUCUCUUCGACUUUCUUUCCUGAUUUCCCUCUUCCUUAUCUUCCUUAAGGUCGCGCCUACUCCAAAUGCUCAUUACGCGCAUUCGAUAGCUUUAAAUACCGAAACAGGCGCGCGACCUAUGCGUGGAAAUUUUCUAUGUAUAUUUAUACAUGUAUACGGUACAUCUAUAUAUGGAAAGCAUACAUGUGCGUAUGUACUCGGCGUUGAACUCAUACAUGCUCGAUUCUGCCCUCCACCUGAAGUCGCGUUCUCGUACGAGUCUCCCUCGGUCGAGAAGUUCAAUUGAAGCUCGGAAUUUCGAGGAAGUCUUCCAAAAUCAACUCGCGUACGUGAUAAGGGAGGUGAUCGCGCAUUGAUAGCGUAAUGUCACUGCAAUGAGUCAAUACGGGAUUUUUCCGACGCAAUAAUAAUAGCUUGCGAGUCAGAUGUUCUUCUCCUCUCCGCCUUUUCGGCCGCGAGUCGCCUCUUAAGAUGGCCAGACGACGACAAAUCGUAGCGAUUUGUAAUCUGCGCAGUUAAAUCAAAUUCCUCGGAACCUUUCUGCGGAAUAUUAUUUGUUAAUUUAGUCGAAGUAUUAUUUAUUCCCGCAGGAAGGGGAAAAUUUUAUCAGCAACGUUGUCCUUUGCUAAAAGUGCAAGUUUCUAUUUUCCGCGUGGAGUUCCACGCGUUUCGAUAAAUCUGCGCAAAUGUAGUCGGUGUAGAUAAACCGAUUGUACAUGUCAACUCGUUCCCAUGAACUGCACGAGGGAAGAUAUUACUAACCGUCGAUUAAAUUGCCGGUUAAAUUUGUGCAGAUGUUCUUGGUUACGAUUAGUCGCACGUGCGUGGCCAUCUUUAUCACCGUCAAUCACUGUUAUCGCGGUCGUCUUUAUACUACAUGCGGCAUUCCUGGAGGUGUCAUCCCUCCCCGUUUCCGGAGGGCUAAUACAAAAAUCCCCUGUGGGGAGACUAACGUCAGGUGCACUGUCAAUUCGACCCCCUAGCCAUGGAUAAUCGUUUACCCUAAAACCAUUAACAAGAUGUCCGGUAGAAAAGAGGCGCCCUUUUUGUACCGACCGCCCUUAAAUCAAAGAGAUUCGAGGACGACCUUUAACCUGGUUCACCUGGGUCGCGUCGACGAAGGGAUAUUUUAUCCGAGGAAGUUUAUACUAGGAACGUGCUUAACAAUUAAGGAGGACUAGGUGAUAUAAGCUCGGUCGAGAAUUACGUUCACCUUUUGUAUAAUAUCACGAUUACACACUUGCUGUACAAUAAAGCAUAUUCGUAGAA